UUCGACAACGAAUCAUCGUUGGAGAUGUACGCCUUUGAAAAUCCGACCAGAGUGAUUGCUGGCAUUAUCCUCGAAAACGUCUCACCGACAGGAACAACUCUCAGCAGAGUCGUGCGAUACAAGAUUCGACAGAUUCCUGCAUUUACACCGACUACUAUGGCAGCUCGUGAAGUGCUCGGGUCGAAUUCCGAUCCUAAAAUGAUUAAUAUGUCGAAAAAUGAAUUGACAUUUCAGGAUAUAAUCGAACGCUCUAUAAUAUCCGUGAUGACCGGCUUACCCAUCGUAGAACCGGGUGCUGGAAUGGAGGAAAUGGCCUAUCCUUGCUUCCUAUAUGACAGAUUUCUAGUAGAUAUGCAGUCUGUAAUUCCGCUUCUUCUUGCAUUGUCGUAUCUCUGCACAUUCGCAACUUUAGUGGAAAAUAUUGUCUACGAGAAGGAACACGGAAUUACUGAGGUAUUCCCAUACUCGCAUGGCUACCUCAUGUUCCACAAUAUUAUUUUUGGUUUGCACGAUGCCUGGAACGUACUUGACAAUUCGCGAACAGUCUACAUUCCGAGUGUCGUCGGACUGGAUGAUCGGAGUAUCAGGGUGAACUGGACGUCGUUGUUCGAGCAACUUGGUCACAGUCCCACUGUCUUUACUGUCGGAGUACUUAUGGUUGUAAUAUUGGUAGAGAGUGGUGUCUUCUUUGCUCUCGCCCUCUAUAUCAUUAAGGUCUUCCCUGGAACUCAAGGGAUUGAGUCUCGUUGGUAUUUUCCUGUGGCAUCGUUAAUUGAUACAAACAGUGAUGAAGUGUCAUCAGAAAUCACCACAUUGUCGGAGAGCGAAAUCACUGAUGAACAAGUUGUCAUCAUCGUUGAGGGAAAAGAAAUUGGUGGUAGUACACGAGUACAAGUGGGUCUUUGCCCUCAGCACAAUGUGCUUUUUCCAUCCCUCACGGUUUUUGAACAUUUGCGGUUCUACUCAGCACUAAAAAAUCAUGAACUCUCACAGAAAGAAAUCACUCGAGCCUCUUUGGAUAUGAUUGUCGAUCUUCGAUUGGAGGAUAAAUGUGAUGAGAAUGCUUCUUCCCUCUCUGGCGGCAUGCAACGGCGGCUUUGCAUAGGUAUCGCUUUCAUCGCAGAUCUUCCUCUACUGCUUCUCGCAGGACAGUGCAGUGAUUGCUUAUCACAUGCAGCUCAUGCAAUUGUUCUGGAUAACGAAAUCUUCCCGGUCAAUGACGUGGAUAACGGAAUCCUCCCAAAAGAUCUCACAUUAAGCAAGUGCUCCCAUUUGAUGACAGUNAAUCUCUGUGCUUGGGCUGAAACUGUUGUUCUUCUUCUUUCAGAUCUUCCUCUACUGCUUCUCGCAGGACAGUGCAGUGAUUGCUUAUCACAUGCAGCUCGCGCGAUUGUUCUGGAUAACGAAAUCUUCCCGGUCAAUGACGUGUAUAACGGAAUCCUCCCAAAAGAUCUCACAUUAAGCAAGUGCUCCCAUUUGAUGACAGUUAUGGGCUUCGUUUCUUGA